AUGUCUGAGAUCAAAUACGAGAACGGCCAGCCCGGCUACAGCGGCAACACCGUGGUGAAGUGCUUCAAGGACAACGGCAACGGGCUGCUGUUCCGCAUCGUGAACGACGAGGAGCGCAAGUGGGCGUUUUACAACGACACCACGAACUACCAAAUGGUGGUGAAGGUCGCGUUCGGCAAGGACAGCAAGAUCGAGGCCAUCGGCAACACGACAAUGCAAAAAGACGAGGAGUCUGGCGAGUUCAAGUGUGAGCUGGAGAUUGCGCCGACGACGACGGAGAUGUUCAUCGAGGGCGAGCCGAACGGCUUCAAGAUCAGCUUCGAGGCCAACCCGAUUGCGAAGGCGUGA